AUGGGGAAUCUACCCAUUCAGUUGCCAAGCAACUUGUUCAACCUCCAUGGUCAGGAAAGCAUGUCAUGCACUGCAGGAGAUGUUUCAAGUCAAAGCAUGCCCAACCACAGUAAGAAAAGCACUUCAUUACUGUCAUUACAAAGCACAGAGGACAUGACUGUUGAGGAUUGGAAGAAUGUGGUAUGGUCUGAUGAGAUGAAGAUCAACUUCUUUGGACCAGAUGGUAAGCAGUUCUGUUGGAUUAAGAAUGCUGGCUUCAACAGCAAGCUUGUCAGGCCAACAGUCAAGUUUGGCAGCAGCUCCAUCAUGAUCUGGGGCUGUAUGACAUGGGAAGGGGUGGGAGAUUUGUGGCUUCAGCAUGCAUACACCAACAUCACAUUUCAGCAAGACAAUGACCUGAAACACAUGUCAAAGAAGACAACAACAUGUAUGAUUGCAAAGUCCAGGGAUGAACUGCUCAAGAGAUGUGAAGCUGAAUGGACAGCAAUCACUCCAGAGACAUGUAGGACACUAAUAGAGAGUAUGCCAGACUGCAUCAAGGUGGUUCUGAAGGCCAAAGGAGGGAAUAUGAAGUACUAA